AUGGAUUUCUCCACCACACAUCGCGUGGUGGAUCCGGGACGAAAGCGCCACACCAAGCCCUUUGUGGUUGUUAUCCUAGGUGAGGUGUUCGACGCCGCCUCCCACCCGCUUUUCCCUGUAGCCCCAGCGGAGGGGCUUCCUUUCGCCCUGCUGCCGAUCUGCAACACACCCAUCAUUGACUACCUUCUCGAGAACCUCGCGGGGAAUGGGGCGGAUGAGGUUUACAUUUUGCUCAAUAACGAGUCUGUGGCACCGGUGUGCAAGCACCUGCAGGGCAAUCGCACAGCCUGCAGCGAACCAGGGCAGAAGGGGAAUAAGUUAAAGGUGCAGGUGGUAGCGAGUACACACAAAAUGACAAAUUUUCAUGAUGCCGCCGCACUGAUUUUGGGGCAAAAUAUUGUACAACAGAACACAUCGUUUCUGUUUGUGCCUAUUGAUGCGAUUGCGUCUAUGCGAAGUCUGUCGGACCUUUUUGAGACACACCUGCAGCGCGCAAAGACGAUCAAAAAUUAUGCGGCAACCAUGCUUUGUGCGUCAGUAAAACCUCUCCUGGAGGACACUCUUCACGAUGUUCUCGUGGGGGAGCUCAAUAAGCAAGAGCGGGCGACAGGCAACUCGCUACUAGAGCGUGGAGUAAAUAACUACGUUGGCGUGGACAUUCGUGCGGUGGAGCGACGUCCACAUAUGGUCCCAGAGUGCCCGCCUAACCAGUUGACAAUGUUUGUGUUGGAAAAAUCUACUGGUGUUGUGAAAAAUAUGGUGCGCUUAGAGCAGGACGAGAAACAGGUAGAGCCUGUAAUGAUGCACUUUAGCGAUAAGGAGAUUUUAUCUCUAAGGACGGAUCUGGUGCCCACGGGAUAUUUUUUUUGCUCCGCAGGUGCCUUAUCGCUCUUCACCUUUCACAUGCUGGAUCAUCACAGUUUCUUUGCCGCUUUUUUGGACAAUCAAGAGUUACUUGGCAACGUCUUUGGCAUUCAGGCUGUGGUACAGACCACGGACAUUGUGCAACCCAUUAAAAGUCUUAGAGCGUAUAUCCAAGUCAACAUUGACGUCUGCUUCCGCCGUUUUUUCCCUCUCACGCGCGACUCUAGCUUUGCUGGCGACGGUUGCCGCUACUCAGUGUCGCCUCACUGUCAGAGCGUCUAUCUGCACCAGAAAAAGGCGGAGGGGCUCUCGAGUAACUUCGGACCGUGUGUUGUGGUCGGGGAGCUAGCUUCGAUAGCGUCUGGCGCCGUGGUACGUGGAAGCGUUCUUGGGAAGAGGGUUAAGAUUGGUGCGGGAUCAACUAUUAUUGGGUGCGUUCUUCUGGACGGGACGGUUGUUGGCCACCGUUGCUUUUUAAGUCGCUCCCUCAUUGGUUACAACGUCAUUGUGAAUGACGGCGCGGAGGUGUCAAACUCCGUCAUUGGGCAAGGCUGUAUGAUUGGUGUGGUUUCACACAGCAGCCGCAUCGAUGACAAUACUUUCCCCGUGAAGAGGGUUGUUGUGAAGGAUAGAGUGGUGCACAGUGGCCAGUUCGUCGAGACUGAUGAGGAGACUAGGGACAGGCAGGGACGACAGUGGUGUCUCGCGGAUGCGACGGGUCAGCAGCAUUGUCCCGACGCGAGAGCUCUUUGUGCGGGACCCAGUUCCAGCUGA